GUCUCCUCUUGUCGGGCUCUUUUCGGGACCAACAUCAUGGGGGGAUGGGAAGCGCUCCGGCAGUUUAAAUUGCUCACAUGGCUCAGAGAGGAGAGACAGUCGAGGAAACUGAUUCUCUUCAUUGUCUCCGUCGCCCUGCUGCUGGACAACAUGCUGCUCACUGUGGUCGUUCCCAUCAUUCCCAGCUACCUCUACCACCUGGAUGAGAUGACAGACCCGGUGUCGCAGAACAACACCACGCUACAGCAGGGUCCUCAGGGAGCCUUCCACAGUAUUGUGUCUUUAUAUGACAACACUGUGAGGUUGCCUGGCUCCAACGCCACAACCAGGUCCCCUGGUCUGAUCCCUACGACCACCGCGGCUACAGAGCUGCCACGGAACUCCUCCGACUGCCCCAAGGCCAACAGCAGGCUGCUCAAUGAGAAUGUCAAAGUAGGAAUGCUGUUUGCCUCCAAGGCCACCGUACAACUCAUCACCAACCCCUUCAUAGGGCCUCUCACUAACAGAAUAGGAUACCAAAUUCCAAUAUUCAUUGGUUUCUGUAUCAUGUUCCUUUCCACUAUCAUGUUUGCUUUCUCAUCGAGCUACGCUCUGCUGUUUCUGGCCAGAUCGCUUCAAGGGGUGGGCUCCUCCUGCUCCUCUGUAGCAGGGAUGGGAAUGCUUGCUAGUGUUUACACAAAUGAUGAGGAGAGAGGUAAUGCCAUUGGUGUCGCUUUGGGAGGGCUCGCACUGGGAGUGUUAGUGGGACCCCCAUUCGGCAGUGUGAUGUACGAGUUUGUUGGGAAGACUGCUCCAUUCCUUAUUCUGGCUUUCCUGGCUCUAUUUGAUGGAGCCCUGCAGCUCAUUGUUCUUCAGCCCACCAAGGUGGAACCAGAGAGUCAGAAGGGGACCUCGCUGCUGACACUGAUGAAGGAUCCAUACAUUGUAAUCGCAGCUGGUGCCAUUUGUUUUGGAAAUAUGGCCAUAGCCAUGUUGGAGCCGACACUGCCAAUCUGGAUGAUGGAGACCAUGUGCUCCAAGAAAUGGCAGCUAGGCGUCGCUUUCUUACCAGCGUCCAUCUCCUAUCUUAUUGGAACAUACAUCUUCAGCAAGUUGGCGCACAAGAUGGGGAGAUGGCUCUGUGCUCUCAUUGGAAUGGUAUUGGUUGGAAUCAGUGUAAUAUGUGUUCCAUUAGCCAGUAACAUCUACGGUCUGAUUCUUCCAAACUUUGGUGUUGGCUUUGCUAUUGGCAUGGUGGACUCCUCAAUGAUGCCUAUAAUGGGUUACCUGGUGGACCUGCGACAUGUGUCGGUGUAUGGAAGUGUGUAUGCCAUUGCUGAUGUUGCGUUCUGCAUGGGAUUUGCUUUAGGUCCAUCUAUUGGAGGGUCCAUUGCUGAGAGCAUCGGCUUCCCCUGGCUGAUGACCAUUAUUGGAGUAGUGGAUAUACUCUUCGCUCCACUUUGCAUCUUUCUCAGGAAUCCACCGGGACAAGAAGAGAAAAUUGCAAUUUUGUCGGACACCAACUGUUCCAUGAAGACGAUGUCCUACUCCACACAAGGGACGCAUUGUCAGGGGGAAAACAUGGAUCCAGAAUAUGACGAUUAUGAUUAACAGCGACACCAGUAUUGCAGGUUAUAAUCCUUCAGAGGAUCUAUUUUGUUGUACAAAAAAAGGGAACACAGAAGAAAAAAAAAAUUGCAAUUAAACAACAGCCAAGAUAUUUCUAUGUGAAUGUCCUGCGUUCAGUCUUCACUGUUUAGUGUCUUCUUAGCAGUCGUACUGGAGCAAACCAAAGUUGUUCUUGAUCUGUGGUUGCAAGUGCAUUGUGUGAGAGAUAUUUUUUUAGCCAACAGCCUUAUUCAAUAGAGACAUGUGUCAUAAAGCACUUUUUAGACAGUAGGAGGGUGCUGAGCAGCAAGAGUGUGGUGUGCAGUUUGGUGGUAUUUUGGGUAAUUGUGUGGUAUGUCAACAAACUGUUUGUGUAACCUCCAUAGAGAUGUGUUGGCCUGGUCUAUGGUCCUUUGUUUGCAUUGAUAUGCUUAAGAGUCCUCGGAGCCAGCCGUGUUGGGAAGUCAACCCAUUUCAGCUGCUAGAGAAAAAGAUUGAGAAAUACGUCCUGAAAAAAAAGAAUACAAACAGAGAGAGAUGAUAUCAUUGUAUAAAAGAGAAAGCUCUGAGAGUACGAUAAAUUUAAGCCACUGUUCAUAAUGUGCACCAACAUGUUCAUUUUAUCAUGACAAUGUCCUCAGCGU